UUGAAUCAGCUUUGUGGCGAUUGGGAGCUAGUUUUAUACAAUGUUUUGUUUUGUUUUGUUUGUUUGGGGUGGGAAACUAUCGAGGUAACAAGCGUUGUGAAUUUUAAACGCAAUUGUGAAAUAUUUUGCCACAAGUUAUACCAGUUAAUGACGAUUAACAUCCAGAUAGCCUUAAAAAUACUGUAUUUCAUGCCCCGGUUUGAAAGUCGUGUAUUGUCAACGGUUGGGUAUAUAAUUUCUGGUAAAUGUAAUAGCGAUACUGUAUGUAAGCAGUCAUGGUUCGAGGACGCAGAAACGUGAUAAGAAACAAAAAUGUCACAAGUGAUGGAAGUUCUGGAGAACCGAGGAAGAAAAGUACAAAACUUUCUCAAGAAUUCAAGGGAAGGCUCUCCCAUUCGGUGCCACGACUUCACGAUGUGGAGAUAACAAAGUAUUUCCAUCCCGACGAGCAUGAUGAGAAUUUGCCUUUAACUUUAAAAACGUCGCAGACUGAUUGUGAACUUUCAGGGCAUGAGAGUAAUACUGACUCAAAUGCCCAUGUCAAAACUGAAGAAAAAGAUGGCACUGAUUCUGAUGAAAAUAAUUCUCUUCUGACACCUCAAAAGGCACACUUUACAGAAAACAAAACACCACUGUCUCCAGCGAGUGCACUAUCUCUGCUGCAAAUUACUGCUACUCCAAAGAAAGCAACCAAAUCGAGGCGAAGGUUAAAUCCCAGCCAGAUAGCCAACCAGCAGGCACCGGCAGCAUUAGCCCCAGCUAGCAGCAGAGUCAGACCCGCGUUCUGCCCACCAUCUGUCAAAGGGAAAAAAGUGACUGCACUGUUUCCUGAUUCUACUCAAAACCACAAACUUACUGAGUACUUUCCAGUGCGGCGCAGUGAACGAAAAACUAAGAAAAUUGUGCUGGAGGAAUGGCAGAAGACUAUAGAAGAAGCUAUACUUUCAGAGAAAGAAGAAGGGCUCGAGGUUCACAACUUUGAGGGAAAGGGGCGUGGUAUUGUUACGACAAGAGAUUUCCACAAGGGUGAGUUUGUAGUUGAAUAUGCUGGAGAACUCAUCAGUAUGACUGAAGCAAAAGUCCGGGAAGCACUCUAUGCACAGGAUCAGAAUACUGGCUGUUAUAUGUAUUACUUCAAGCACAAGAACACUCAGUACUGUGUGGAUGCCACAGCAGAGACAGGAAGAUUAGGGAGGCUCGUAAACCACAGUCGGAAUGGUAAUCUCGUGACAAAAACUGUGACUGUAGAAAACAAACCACGGCUUGUUCUUGUUGCUAAAGAAGACAUACCAGCAGGUGAGGAGGUGAUGUACGAUUAUGGUGACAGAAGCAAGGAAUCUAUAAGGCAUCAUCCUUGGUUGACUUCUUAGUGUUCCACGAAAUCUGAAAAGAAGAGCAUGUGUGAUGUCAUGUGCCUCAUGUAACAAUAAUGAAUACUUGAAAAAUAGAAUAAACGGUAGCUCUCAAAAGAGGGAAGAAUCUAAAAACAUUCCUUGCCUAUAUAAAAUAUGCAUGAAUUAUAAUAUUUGACAGAUUCAGGAUGAAAGGGAUUUGGCAAGUUAUGCAUAGACAUUU